UGUGAGGGGGGGCUGGUGGGGCUAUCCAUAUCCAGCAAGGAGGAACUUUUUCUUAUGUCUACAGGUUAAGUCAUAUCGGCAACUCUUGCAGUACAUGUAGCUGUACUCCUAUGUGAAAAUGACAGCGGUGCAUUCAGUCAAGUCUCAAGUAAAAAAUAAAGGAAAACGUUGGGUAUACUUCUUGAAACAUGAUAAGAAGUCAGCAUCAAGGACUGCUGACGUUGCUUCUCAGAAUCAGUCUCAAAUUGAGUAUAGAAAAGCUCACCCCAAGAAACGAAAGAGAAAGGGAAAGCCAUCUGGAAACAUGAAGAAGGCAGAUAAAUCCACCCAAAACAUUUAUAACAAAGGAAUUUUCGCUUCUGCCUCUAGAAGAGAUGUUUUGACCAUGAUAGCUAGAAACAGAAAAGAGGAAAUUUCAAGCCUGGAUCAUGAUGUCAAAAAUACAUCCAUUAAACAAAAACAAAAGGACAAGAAAAGGAAAAGGAAACUUAAAGUUCUCAAACGUAAAGAAAGGGAAAAGACAAUGAUUAGGAGUAAAAAUGCAUCAUGGACUGGUUAUCAAAGUGAAGUAGGCUCUGGCAGCAUGAAUGAAAAAUCAAAGAAGACAUCAAGGCAGACAUCAAUCCCUGGACACUCAGGUGCUCCUAGUCAUAAACUAACUAGUCAGGUGACGCUUGAAGAUGAGAAUCCAAUCAUUUCAUCUUGUGAUAAUCAAGGGAUGAAUGAGAAGAAAUUGUCAAGAAAAAGGAAAAUGAAGGGUGAGCAAGACACAAAUGAGACAGAAUUGAUAAGAAUGAAGAAGAAGAAGCAGCAGGUGGUGAAUGAUACUUUAGAUUCUGGUAUGUCCUCUGGCAAUGAUGAACCAUUCAAAUUACCAGAGGAACCUCAAGAUGUAGCUUCUAACUGGAAAUCAUUAGCUAAUAAAUUGAAGGCAUCUGCACCAAAGAGUCUAAAGAUGAAGUCUAAAAACAAGAACAAAGCUCUUGUGAAGAAGGAGAAUGAGAUAUGGUUUGAUGACGUUGAUCCAGCUCUCUUAGAGUCAGAGAAAGGUUCAUCUCAACACAAUGAAACUGUUAAUGUUACAGAUUCUCAGCAAAGUUAUAAGAUUACAAAGUGUAUUGCUCUUGAUUGUGAAAUGGUUGGUGUUGGACAUGAAGGUAAAGAGAGUAUUCUAGCAAGAGUCUCCAUGGUCAAUGAAUAUGGUCAGUGCAUCUAUGACAAAUUUGUCAAACCACGUGAGAAAGUCACAGAUUUCAGGACAGAGUUCAGUGGUGUUCGUCCUAAGGAUUUAUUUAAAGGUGAUGCUGAUGAGUUCAUGACUGUUCAGAAAGAGGUAGCAGAUAUCAUGAAAGACAGGAUUCUUGUUGGACAUGCUCUCAAAAAUGAUAUGAAGGUUUUAUUUUUGGGUCACCCUAGAAGAUUGAUAAGAGAUACAGCUUCCUACCCACACUUCAGGGAGCUGAUGAAGGUCAGUUGAUGAUAUACCUUGUAUAUUGAAGAGAGACCAAACGUCCUGCUCUGAAGAAGUUGGCAAAGAUAGUACUUGGAGUGACAGUCCAGGAAGGUGAGCAUAACUCAGUAGAGGAUGCACAGACUGCUAUGAGAUUAUACACCCUUCAUAGAACAACAUGGGAAAAAUCACUUCAACAAAGAAGAAAAGUCACCAAAAAAUGAAGAAACUUCUAAUCCUUUUAGCCAAGGGUCUAUUCUAUACAUGUAUAGUAAUCACCAUUUCUGUAUGUCUGACCCCCCAUUUUUUGUCUCACCUGCAUAGCAGAGUGAGACUAUAGGCGCCGCUUUUCCGACGGCGGCGGCGGCGGCGACGGCGGCGUCAACACCAAAUCUUAACCUGAGGUUAAGUUUUUGAAAUGACAGCAUAACUUAGAAAGUAUAUGGACCUAGUUCAUGAAACUUGGCCAUAAGGUUAAUCAAGUAUUACUGAACAUCCUGCCUGAGUUUCAUGUCACAUGACCAAGGUCAAAGGUCAUUUAGGGUCAAUGAACUUAGACCAUGUUGGGGGAAUCAACAUCAAAAUCUUAACCUAAGGUUAAGUUUUUGAAAUGUCAUCAUAACUUAGAAAAUAUAUGGACCUAGUUCAUGAAACUUAUACAUAAGGUUAAUCAAGUAUCACUGAACAUCCUGCAUGAGUUUCACAUCACAUGACCAAGGUCAAAGGUCAUUUAGGGUCAAUGAACUUUGGCCGAAUUGGGGGUACUGUAUCUGUUGAAUUACCAUCAUAACUUUGAAAGUUUAUGGAUCUGAUUCAUGAAACUUGAACAUAAUAGUAAUCAAGUAUUACUGAACAUCCUGUGCAAGUUUCAGGUCACAUGAUCAAGGUCAAAGGUCAUUUAGGGUCAAUGAACUUUGGCCAAAUUGGGGUAUUUGUUGAAUUACAGCCAUAAAUUUGAAAGUGUGUUGGUCUAGUUCAUAAAACUUGGACAUAAUAGUAAUCAAGUAUCACUGAACAUCCUGUGCGAGUUUCAGGUCACAUGAUCAAGGUCAAAGGUCAUGUAAGGUCAAAGAACUUUGGCCACGUUGGGGGUAUUUGUUGAAUUGCCAUCAUAUCUCUAUUUAAGUGUAUUGGUCUAGUUCAUAAAACGUGGAAAUAAGAGUAACCAAGUAUCACUGAACAUCUUGUGCGAGUUAUAGUAGUUUUCAAAAUCAGCACUGCUGCUAUAUUGAAUCGCGUGAUGCAGGUGAGACGGCCAGAGGCAUUCCACUUGUUUCCUUUCUUCACUCAUAAUUUCAGGACAACAAACUUUUCUGAUGGACACGAAAGCAUACAUCUCAUGUCCCACAUAUAGGGAUUACUAUCUUCAUAUUGUAUAGAAUUGCCCCUUGAUUAGACCAUGGACCUUGUAACAAAUGGACUGGUUAUGAAAAGGUCUUUUGAUUUAAUCAUGACUGCCCACAUUUCAUUUUUAUUAGCUCACUUAUGCCGUGGCGUGUUGUCCGUCCACAAUUUCAAAACGCUUCUUUUUCGUCAUUUCAAGUCCGAUUUUAAUUCUGUUGACAGUUAUAUGAAAGCACUAGGUGGAGGAUUCUUCACAGAAUUUUGAAACUCAUUAAAUAUGCUAAUUUAUGCACAUUUUUUCAAAAUUCACAAAAACUGCUUCUCCUUUAUUUGUUGACCAAUUUUGAUUUUUUUUCUUCCAUCUGGUAGAGCUUCAUGAAGUUCAUCAAACUUUUACACAGAAUUUUGAAAUUUUGAGUAAAAAGUUAUUUAUGCUAAUUUAUGAGAAAUUCAUAAAUCAAGGGAAAUACCUCUUCUUUAUUUAAUGACCAAAUUUGAAAAUGGUCUUUCUUCAUCAUUUCAAGUCCGAUUUCAAUUCUGUUUGCUUUAUAUGAUAGCACUAGGUUGGGGAUUCAAAACUACCCCACAGACUUUUGAAACUCAUUAAAUAUGCUGAUUUAUGCACAUUUUUCAAAAUUCACAUAAAAUGCUUCUGUAUUUCUUCACCGAUUUUGAUUUUGUUUGCUUCCAUCUGGUAGAGCUUCAUGAGGUUUACCAAGGUUCUACACAAAAUGUAGAAAUUUUGACUAGAAAAUUAUUUAUGCUAAUUUAUACGGAAUUUGUUCAUAAAUCACAUAAAAUGCUUCUUCUCGGUCAUUUCUUCAUCAUUUUCAAUUCUUUUUCCUCAAUAUAUGUCACCAAUAUAAUUCACUACAGUGUCAACUGGGCUGAAAUUACAAAUUGUGUUAAAUUUCGUAGCAAGAUGCUGGAUGAGCUCCACAUCAUUGAUGUGCUAGUUUAUCUUCUUGAAGAUCUUCUGCAAAUUAUGAUGAUGCAUUGAAAAACAGCCUAUACUGUAUGUACCCAAUAAAUCACGUUUUCACCUACUUGAGAAGUAUGCAUUGGACUCUAUGAAUAAAGAAUGCAGAUUUGAUCGAAAGUCAAAUUGGGAAGCAUGAGAUCACGUUUGUUCAUUUGCCUUCCAGAAAGAUCAUCUGCUAGAUUAAACUACUUCUGUUGUACAUACAGAGGGAGGGCAGCAGCAGUCUCAAUGGGAACAAAUAUCAUUCCCUUUUGUUGCUUUAACAUUGGUAUUUAUGGAAAUGUGGGGGAAAUAUUUGUAGGGAAAAGUAUGAGCAGUUGACAAGGGUGAAAUGCAAUGAUCACCUGCCAUGUUCUCAGUCCAUUUGUAUUAGGGUCCAUGAUGAGCCCCUAUAUCUAUUACUAUGUUAACUAAUGGAACCAUGCUGACCUACAAAGCAUAUAUUAUUCAGUAGACAAUUGUGUUUACAGCAUCAUAAGGAAAGAUAAUGAAUUACAAUUAAUUCAUUCUGUAAUUAAUGUACUCAUACCACAGCAAUGUGCAACUUUGGUUGCUUUAAUUCCACAAUAAAUGUUUUUUGCCCUAGUGUCAGAGGAGCAUUGAAAAGACUUGUCAGACAUUUUAUCCAACUGUUCACAGUGCUUCUCAGCCAAUAAACUUGAAGGAAAGUUGUCAGACAAAAAUUUAUAUGAAGCACCUGCCCGGUCUGCCUUCUUUAAAUCUAAUAUCAUGGGAGUACAGUUCUAAAUCUGUUCUUUGGUGGAAUCUUAGGGAUUUGACAUAGAAGAUUCAAAUAACACAUGAUUUUUUUUUGGCAUAUUUUGGUCUGAAUUUUUCUUCCAAUUAGGCAAACUAUAUUUUACUCAUGAGAGAUCAAAUAUUUUGCAGGAAUUUCUUUCCUUAUCAAUAAAAAAAAUUAAUCUGGGAUCUAAAUUUGAGAAUUGUAAGUUUAAAGGUAUGUAGUAGUUAAACAAAAUAGUAUAAGGCAGUAUAUAUAUAUAUAUAUACAGUGCGUAUCAAAAAAAAGUUUACACUUAGAAAAAGUCCUGUAAAAUUAUACAUCUGUAAUAUCCUGAGGAUUUUUUGACAUUUUAACAUUGGUACAGAUCCAUUUAAGCAAAUGACGAUAUAACUAUCGAAAAAUAUUUCCGCUUGAGUGAGCACCACUUACUUUUGAAAAGUUAGUGAAAAAUGAUUUGCGCAGAACUUUGAAAUAGUUAUGCGAAUAAAAGUAGACCUUAAUCAUAAGGAACACAUAGAAUUUAGCUAGUGAAAUUGAUUUGAAGAUAUCUUUUACCUUUUUAACUUGUUUCCUUGCCCAAAACACUUCGAAGAGUGCCAUUGCGCCCACCCCACUCCCCCACACACCAAGGCCAUCGUGACGAUAUUUGCUUUACACUGAGCUGUGAUUUUCAUGAAAUGGCUCAGGCUUGAAUUUCAUUUUGUUAAUCAUUGUCAAGUUUGGGAAAAGUGUGGAGAAACAAGUGUUACAUGACAAAUGAAAUGUUAACCCACUUUAAAUGAUAAAAACUUAGUGAAAAAAAUGUUGGAGAUGUCUGAUACAAGCUUUUGUUUAGAUUUAGUUAUGUCCUCAGAUCCAGCUGGCACAAAAAGGUAAGUUGUGCUUACUAAGUGUUAAAAUUUUAAUUUUGGUGGCAAAAUUGUUACAAAAUGCUUGCAUGUAUCCGUUUUACUUCAAUUGACUCAAAGUGCAAGGAAAAUAUAUGAGAAAUGUUACGCAGGGUAAGUUUGAUUUCGCCUUUUCCCCUUGACACAGCGUGAAAACGAGCAUUUCUGCGCAAACAGAUUUCUGCGAGCUUUACAAAAAUGGACAGUGCUCAUUCAAGUGUAACAUUCUGCCAACAUUUUUACUUUCAUUGGAUAGAUGAGACCCAAACCCAAUAAUAUAUGUGAAAAAGUUACCCACAUGGUGUUUAUUUUUUUAUUCCCAGGGCUUUUACAAAGUGUAAACUUUUUUUUGAUACGCACUGUAUAUCAUUAACCCAAGUGAUUGGGUUAGUUAUGCGAGUUUAACCUAGGAAGGUUUGACCAUACAGUAUUACGAUUUUAGAAUUAUUUCACGCUCUCAAAUUCUGUUCAUGAUAUUCAGGCAAAGUAUUGUUAAAUGCAAAUAAUUCGUGUUCAUCAAAUUCAGCUUAAAUGUUUGGAUUAAACAUGUAUUUCUUUGUGCAGUGUAUAUGACUCUCAACAUGAUUCAUUAAUCAUAUCAGAUAUUUCUCAAUCUUCAGCCAGAUAGUAAUUUGUCAAUGCAUUAUAAUAAAUAUUUACCAAUCACUGGUUCUUCAUAAUUGAAUCUGGUACCGGUAAUAGAACUUAUCUUUAUUUUCAAGUAAUUUUCAAAAUAAAUGAAUGCAAAGCCAUAUUGCAUAAAGAAAACCA